AUGACCCCCACCGCACGUGAAACAAACGAGCCCACUCCAGAGACCAUCAACCGCCAAUUUCUCUUCAUCCUCCUCUACAUACUCUCCUUCUGCAUAUUCAUCCUAGUCAUCAUCGACAACGCCCAGAACUCCUCCCCGGACCCCCGCCUCUUCCCGCAUCCCACCACCCCGCGCGGAUACUACGACCCCACCCCCUUCACACCAACCUACACCUGUCGCACGCCGACCUUUUUCCGCCCCAGUCCCGCCCGCGACGACGUGCGCCUCGCCGCCCUCCUCCUCAAGCACCACGCCUCCAAGGGCGACACCUGCGUGCAGGACAACAAGCGCUUUGCGAGCUGGCCGUGGGCGUGUGUGCAUCUGUACACGUUUGGGACGGCAAGCAUUGGGAUGUGUGGGCCGCCGGGGGCGAGCUUGGGGUGUGAGCAGGUGGCGGAUAUGGUUUUGGGGAUUGAGGAGGCUUGUGUUGAGGAGGAGGAGGAGGAGAGAUUAUUUGCGACUUCGGUGAAUGAGGCGGGGGGAAUGGCGGUGUGGGGGGCAGGGGGGAGUAUGGUGUUUGUGCAGCGGAGUGGGUAG